UUGGUGGGUACUGCGGUUGUUGGCAUUCAGUGUGUUACGGGAUAGGUACAGGGCACGUGGUUGUGUUGUUUACCUUGGAGACGCUCAUUUUGUGAUAGAAGAAAACCGGUGUGGAACGUGUUUUCAUUAAACCACACUCGUUGGUCUAAUUAGCUGCUUCGGUACUGGGGUAGGACGACCUACUACAACUUCCGGAACUGCGGGAAGCAGCAUGGUCCGAUUUAAAAACAGAUAUUUGCUCUGUGAGAUUGUAUUUGACAGUCCUAGGCACCGACAGUGCAUUGAAGAGAGGGCCAUUAUGACCACUGUGCGAGACGUGCUGGCGAGGAUACAUGGCGACUACGGAGUUGGCUGCUGCACUGUUUCUUUAGCAGUUAAGUACCUGAAUGCUUACACUGGGAUUGUCUUACUUCGCUGUCGAAGGGAAUUUUACCAGAUGUUGUGGUCUAUUAUUCCCUUUAUUACCACCAUAGAAAGCAAGCACCAAAGAUACCCUUGCAUCUUCCACACUCUACACGUUGGUGCCACGAUCCGAACAUGUCAGAAGUUCCUGAUUCAGUACAACAGAAGACAGCUCAUGCUGCUGCUGAGAAACUGCUCCACUGAAGAGGAACGAGUUUCUGUGACCAGAGAAGUACAGAGCUGUUCGUUGAAAGAACUCGAGAAGGAUCAGUCUGAGGAAGAGGAUGACUAUAUGGACACAGACUCUGAUUAGCUGGGAAAAGGGGAUGGGAUGUAUUUGGACAAGUUUCAUUGUGAACACUGUGCUGAUGGACUUUGAUAAGGGAGGCUUCUUGCUUUACAGAGAGGCCUAUGGGAAUUGUAUCUCAUCUGUUUCUGGGAGUGAUGUUGAGCGUGUCUUUGACACCCACUGAAGCCCAUCCACUUGGAGGCAAUUGCUCACAGUUUCUUAAUCACAAAACUCAAAAUGUACAGCAGCUGAAUCCUUUGUAUUUCUCACCAAGGAGCAAGAGAUAAUUUUGUAUUUUUGCUCUGCAGAUUUUUUUUUUUUUUUUUUGUGAAGUAAAAGCUGUCUUUUAUGCACUGCACAGUGUCAUGUACAUUAAAGUAGAUUGUGUAUGUAUGCUGCAUUUGGACACAGGGUGUGCCCUUCCUUCAAUACCCUGUGCAUUAGCAAGACUGCAUUAUUCUGUGGUACUUGGAGUUUGAAAGUAGUACUGUUGGAGCAAAGGGAACCUUGAACCUUCCCUGCCUAAGAUGGUGGUAAAGAAAGGUGAACAUGACAACUAUGAGAGACUUUUUUCUUAUGGGAGAAAAAAAAUGUAGAAAUUAAACCCCUUGACAUUCAUGAUGACACUGGAAAAAGAGUUCCUUUUAUAUCAAGAAAGCUUUAGGAGUUUCAGUACUGUAGGGGCAGCAAGCACCUCUGCAAAUGGUAAGUACUUUGUGCAACCUCUGCCCUGCAUAAUCUUAAGUAAAGAAGUGCUUAAUUGGA